GCCCUCUCAGAUGCAGACAGAGAGAUAGAGGAGGUCAUUGCUCCCUUCAGUCAGGACUUCUCUAAUCCACUCAAUACUGAAAUUAAUAUUCCUCUUCGAGGCAAAGGGAAACCACAGCCACAACAUUUGGACAUCUUCAAUUUUGCUACUGAUCCGUGUUUUGAUAGUGUGGAGCCGGAGAAGGGGCCAGACUACAAGAAUGAGCUUGAAGAAUCAGUCAUAAGCCUUCAGGAAAACAACAAGGAUCUCUACAAUUUUGCAAUGAAACAGAUCCUGAAGAAAACGCCCAAAGGAGGAAAGGGAGGUUCUGACCAGAAAACCAAUAAUAAAGGAAAGAAAGCGAGUGCCAAUAAAAACAGAUAUUUUGAUAAUACAAAGCAGAAAAAGUACAAAAUGCCACAAUGCAACUAUAAUGCAUCAGUGUAUAAAGAAUGCGGCAUAGCUCAGUUGCUGCAGGGAACCUUGUGUGUACAACCUGGCUCCAUAGUUUUAGAAAGGAAUGUGACCAGAGAGGGAGAGGCUAAAAGUGGGAACAUCAGGAGUAGGAAGAAGAGAUACUGGGGUAGAUGCAGGAACAUCUUGGGAGAGAUGAGGGCUUGGCAAAGCAAAGGUCAGCAUCAAGGCAGAGAGCACGAGAAAAACCUCAUCGGCAUGCUUCCUAUCUGGCUUCGCGUAAAGGCAGGGGAGAGGAGCAGUUCCAGUAUGGUCCAUGAGUUUGGGACUCGGAUAUAA